AUGAAAUAAAAUAAUUUAAAAGUUUAUUGUAGAGUAAUUGGUUUGAAAGAAAGUGAUAUUUAAAGAGGAGCUAUUGAUUCAUUAGAGAUGAAUGAAGAUGGAAUUAAAAUGAUGAAUUAGGAUUUUAAAUUUAGUUAAAUUGUGAAAGAUUAAUAAUUAGAAUUAAAUAAUGAAGUUAAAGAACAAGAUUAAUGGUUUAUUACUUAUGGUGAAUGUUCCGUAUAAAUUAUUUAUUAAUUUUAGUCUGGGAAAACUACUGCUAUGUUUAGGGAGAAUGGGAUUAUUUAAAAAAUUGGUGAGCUUUACAUUAAUAAUCAAAAAGAAAAAGAUGUUUCAAUUUGUAUGAUUGAAAUAAGAGGGAAUUAAAUCAUUGAUUUGUUUAAUUAAUAGUAAGUGAAAUUGAUUGAAUCAAAUGAGAGUUUUAAUUGCUAGAACUUAAAAAAAGUAACUAUAUAGAAUACAGAUUAAUAUAUAUAAAUUAUCAAUUAAGGUUAUCAGAAUAGAACUUAAUAAAAUGGUAGAAUGAAUAACCUUUCAACAACAUAUCCAUUAGUAGUAAAAUUGGAUUUUGGAAAUUAUGCCAUUCAAUUUGUUGAUUUAGUGGGUUCUCAAAAAGCAUUAAAUUGUACACCUCAAAUUUUAAAAGAAAGUAUAAAUAAUCUUAUUUUUAAGUAUCAUUCAAUAAUACAGCAUUGAGUUAGAUUGAAUGUAUUUUAAACACUAAAAAUGAAACUUAAAGAUUAUUAUUAUGCAAUGGAAAUUUAGUUAGUAAAGUAUUAAAAAAUGCUUUUCGUAACAGUUCUUUGACAAAUUUGAUAGUAUGUGUAUCAGCUGCAAAUAUUUAUGAAAAGGAAACAUUCAGAAUAUUGUAAAAAAUUUAAAGAUUAUGA